AAAUCUAUGUUUUUCCUUUUUUUUUUUUAAUUGCCACUGUAAUGUCCAAUGCACAUUUUAUGAGCGCAAAGAGCUCGUUUUUGUCUAUGGGUCCCGUCCUUUUCCCUCAGUUCAGCACAUCUUCAUUCUCUCCUCAUUUCCCAACUAUAAAUCACACUUCCUCCCCUUCUUCCCUUCUCUCUCCUCAACGCUUUCUGCAUUCUUCCAAGAAACUCUCUAUAAAUCAGCAAAUCGCGACUUCAGGCUUUCUUCAAACUGGAAGGAAAUGUCGUCCAUCUUUUCUCUCGUGACGGGAAGGAGAGGUCCGAGCGGUUACGGCUCUGCAUCCACCGCAGAGGAGGUCACCGACGGAGUCGAUGCGUCCAACCUCACCGCCAUCAUCACCGGAGGAGCUAGCGGAAUCGGCUCAGAGACGGCCAGAGUGUUAGCUCUCCGGCGAGCCCACGUCGUCAUUGCUGCUCGGAAAAUAGACGCUGCCGAAGAUACCAAGAAGAACAUCCUUAAGAGCAAUCCAGCUGCUCGUGUGGACGCCAUGAAACUUGAUUUGAGCUCUCUGAAGUCUGUAAGAGAAUUUGCAGAUAAUUUCUUGGCAGCAAACCUUCCAUUAAAUAUUUUGAUAAAUAAUGCCGGCGUCAUGUUCUGUCCUUUUCAACUCUCGGCAGAUGGUUUGGAGUUGCAAUUUGCGACUAACCAUCUUGGUCAUUUCUACUUGACCAACCUUCUUCUUGAGAAAAUGAAGAGAACGGCAGAGGACAGUGGGAUUGAAGGAAGAAUUGUGAAUUUGUCAUCCAUUGCGCACCUUCAUACUUAUGAAGGCGGAAUACUGUUUGAUCAUAUCAACGACAAAGAGAGAUAUGAUGAUAAGAAGGCCUAUGGACAAUCGAAACUAGCAAACAUAUUGCAUGCAAAUGAGUUAUCCAGACGAUUGAAGGAGGAAGGCGCUAAUAUAACUGUUAACUCUGUUCAUCCUGGAUUGAUCAUGACCACUCAUUCCUUCCUCAUGAUGAAGGUUUUACAACUAUUCACCUAUAUGAUGUGGAAGAAUGUACCGCAGGGGGCAGCAACCACGUGCUACGUUUCUCUGCAUCCGAGCAUUAAAAGUGUGACAGGGAAGUACUUUGAGGACUGCAAUGAGGCGAAGCCUGGCAUCUUGGCGAAUGAUGUAAGGCUUGCGAAAAGAUUGUGGGACUUCAGUGAGAAUUUGGUGAAAUCUGCUGAGUGAUAUAUUUAACUAAUUUGGCUUAGGCCAGAGCUCAGCCUUCCAUAUUCUUUGCUUUGUGCAGAAAAAUGCUCUGCAGACUCAUGUGGGUUAAAAUUAUUAGUCAUUUAUAGACAUAAUAAUUUUCAUACAUGUUUAAUCCUUUGUUAUUAUUAAUAUUACGACCUUUUUAGAUUG